AUGCCUGGCGAGGUCAUUUCAGAGGCGAAUCCGCCGCCGAUGCCGAGUCAGCUGCCUGGCUCAGUCAUGAAUCUUGCAGCCAAGGUACCGCAGAGGGAUUUGGACAAAUCUACACUCGAAGGCUUGAGAAAUUUUCAGAAAGCAGCAUGUUAUAUCGCGGGAGCAAUGAUUUUCCUGAGAGACAAUGUCUUGUUGGAGCGCGACCUGGAAUCCAGUGACAUAAAGCCCAGACUACUUGGCCAUUGGGGUACUUGUCCUGGGUUGAUCCUCAUCUGGUCCCAUGUCAAUCAUCUAGUCCAGCGACACGGCAUUGACACUAUUGUCGUCGUCGGCCCCGGCCACGGCGCGCCCGCCGUGCUGGCCUCGCUCUGGAUUGAAGGAUCGCUGGGAAAGUUUUAUCCCGACAAGUACGAUGUCGACAAGAGGGGUUUGCACAAUCUCAUAACUCGAUUCUCCGUCCCAGGAGGGUUUCCCAGCCAUAUUAAUGCGGAGACGCCAGGCGCAAUCCAUGAAGGCGGCGAGUUGGGCUAUGCGCUGGCCGUCUCAUUCGGUGCGGUCAUGGACCGUCCUGACCUAUUGGUAACAUGCAUCGUCGGCGAUGGUGAAGCCGAGACAGGUCCAACAGCAGCGGCCUGGCAUGCUAUCAAAUACAUCGAUCCCGCCGAGUCCGGCGCCGUCCUGCCAAUCCUUCAUGUCAACGGUUUCAAGAUAAGCGAGCGGACCAUUUUUGGCUGCAUGGACAACAAGGAGCUCGUGUCCCUCUUUUCCGGCUACGGAUACCAUGUAUGCAUCGUGGAAACGCUCGACAAGAUUGACCACGAGCUAUUCAGCGCCAUGGAGUGGGCCGUCGGCGAGAUUCGCGAGAUACAGAAACAGGCUCGAUCCGGGUCGCCCAUUUCGAAGCCGAGGUGGCCAAUGAUUGCGCUCCGAACACCAAAGGGCUGGUCUGGGCCGAAAAAGGUGGACGGCGAGUUUAUCGAGGGCUCCUUCCGCUCGCAUCAAGUCCCGGUGCCGGAUGCAAAGAAGAACCCGGACCAUUUGCGCAUCGUGCAGGACUGGCUCGGCAGCUAUGGCAUCCAUACUCUGCUAAAGGAUGGAAGCCCUUCUGAGAGUGUGCUGUCCACGCUGCCCGUCGACGCAUCCAAGCGGCUAGGUCAGAACAAGCUGGCAUACGACUCGUACCGCCCGCUCAAGAUGCCAGCCUGGCAAGAGUUUGGCAUAACCAAGGAUCGCGCGGCGGCGGCGAGCAGCAUGAAGAUUACGGGCGGGCUCUUGAAACAAAUCGCCAUGGAUAACCCAAAGACGUUUCGCAUGUUUUCGCCCGACGAGCUCGAGAGCAACAAGCUCAAUGCCAUUCUCGACGCCAGCGGCCGCAACUUUCAGUGGGAUCAGUAUUCUCGCGCGCAAGGCGGGCGCGUCAUUGAAAUCUUGUCCGAGCACUGCUGCCAGGGCUUCAUGCAAGGCUACACGCUUACCGGGCGUACGGCCCUCUUUCCCAGCUACGAGUCGUUUCUCGGCAUCAUACACACCAUGAUGGCGCAGUACUCCAAGUUCAACAAGGUGGCGAGAGACGUGCGCUGGAGGGGCGACUUGGCUUCCAUCAACUACAUUGAGACGAGCACGUGGGCGCGGCAGGAGCACAACGGCUUCUCCCACCAACAGCCGUCCUUUAUCGGCGCCGUGCUGAGCCUCAAGGCCGAGGCGGCCCGCGUCUACCUACCCCCGGACGCCAACUGCUUCCUCUCCACCGUCGACCACUGCCUGCAGUCCAAGAACAAGGUCAACCUCAUGAUUGGGUCCAAGCAGCCCACGGCCGUCUAUCUAACGCCUGAUGAAGCCGCGCAACACUGCCAAAAGGGCGCGUCCAUCUGGGAGUUUGCGUCCAGCGACAGCGACGGCGACGACGACGGCGAGCCCGACGUCAUCCUCGUAGGGGUCGGCGUCGAAGUCACGUUUGAGAUUAUAAAGGCGGCGGAGCUUCUGCUCCAGAUGGCCCCAGAUCUGCUGCGCGUGCGGGUCGUCAAUGUGACGGAUCUCUUUGUCCUCGCGCCCGAGGCACGCCACCCCCACGCCCUGACCCACGACGACUUUGCCGCCCUGUUUACGCGGGACAGGCCCGUCUACUUCAACUACCACGGCUACGCGCAGGAGCUGCAGGGCCUGCUGUUUGGACACUGCAAUACGCAUCGUAUGACGGUUAGAGGUUAUAAUGAGGAAGGCACGACGACGACGCCGUUUGACAUGAUGCUCGUCAACAAUCUGAGCCGCUUCGACAUUGCACAGUGGGCGUUGGAGCGAGCCGCAGAGUCUGGGCCCACGUGUAACGCCCAGCAGAAGCAGAAGCAGAAGCAGACUCGGGAGUUGAUUAAACAGGUUGUGCUGCAGAAGGAUGCUGUCAAGAGUUACAUUAUCGACAAUGGGACUGAUCCCGAUGAUACAUACCAAAGAGAGCAGUUUCGCCGAAAGUAG